AUGGCGUCCACCGCUGUGGCGGCAGCGGGCACCCUCGUCCCAGCGCAGCUUGGCUUCCUUGCCAUAUUCAAUCCUUCCCUGGGUAGCACGGACGACACCAUCGACGAUCAAAUCGUCUACUAUGCGUCGGAUACUACGCAGGGAUCGGGCAAGAGGCGGCGGCGCACACGGGGACGUCCCACAGAAGACAUUUCCCAGGAGGAGCGGCACGAGCGUCUGCGCCAGAUUGGCCUUGCGCAGGGCAUGAUCAACUUCAGUCGCGGCUUUGCAGAUGAGGCAUCGCUGGACACCGUCGACACAGAGAAGUCGAGGGUUAUUACUCAUGAGCUGGAACCGGGAUGGUGGAUUCUCGCGAGCAUCAACCUCACAAAGGUCCCUCUUCCGCCACGCCUUGCCAUCAGAUCUACUACCGAACCGCAGGAGGAGAGAUACGAAUACUCCAGCAGGGAACUGAAGCCGGCACCACUGCUUCUACGAGACCUCCUGCGCGCGCAUAGCAUCUUCCUCCUGCACCACGACACAUCCCUCAGCGCCUUGUUCGUGCGCAGCAAGCGCACCAAAUUCACCGCCGUGCUCAGCCGCUACUGGGACCUGUUCCUAUCUACGUGGAAUGUCAUGCUUCACGGGAACCCGGCGCGCAACAUUUUUGGCGGCAUCAACAUCGCAGCCUCUGGAGAACUUGGCGUCGGCGUGGGCGAGGAGGACAGGGGCAGCGGCGAGCGCGAGGUGUUGGAGGGGCUGGUCGGCAGGAUAGAAGGCCUAGUCGAUCUUGUCGUAUCCAAGUUUGGCACCGAGGAACCAGAGGACGAGGCCAAGACGCAUAGGGACCGUCUCGACGCCCAGCUCUGGUUGGGGACGGGCGAGGAACCUGCUGCCGAGGACGGCGCGGUAUUCUUGGGCACAGGCGCGUUGAGCAGGAAGUCGCUGAGGGAUGUGACGCAUUGGAUGGAGGAUUUGUAUCAGUGGGGGGAUCAUGCCUACGGCGUUAUUGACAGUCCUACCUCGACGAGAGGGAGGAGGGCGAGGAAGCGGCGAGGGUCUGUUGAGCAGACCGAGGCUGCAAAGGAGACUGCUCCAGCAAACGCAGACAAGAAGCACCAGAAGCAGACGGGGCAGAAUCAAACCGAACAGCACAAGGAACCGGAGCAUCAAAAUCACCAGCAACCAAAGGAACAGCAGAAAGGGAAGGACCACCAGCAUCCCCAAGAACAACUGUCCCAAGAGUCAGCAGCCGACCCCGACAAAGGUGACUCGACAUCUUCGCCCAAGGCACCCGAGGACGGCAAACUCGACAAGAUGCUCAGCUACAUAAAGCUGGGCUACGGCUCAUACUGGACCAUUCCCGGCACAAGCAACAUCAACACGCCGACGACGCAAUCCGGCACCCCAACCCCCUCCGAAACCAACACAUCCAAACCCAACGACACACCAACAACCUCGACAUCGCGCCCCAAAUUCCCCAAACGCUCAUCAUCCGACGCCGCCCAUGGCCACUACCUCAUCGGCCUCAAGGGCAGCAUCUCGGAGCCGCCCUCGGACAGCGAAUCCUCAUCCGCAUCCUCCACGCACAACAACUCGCGCACGCUCCUGCGCACCAUCAACAUCGAGCUGGACUCCAAAUCCUCCCCCCAGCCCUCUACCACGAUCAUCAGGGACUUUGCCCACCCCGCCAGCCCCCUGACCCAGUCCCAAGUCGCAGGCAACUUCCUCCCCGGCUACACGUCGCACGACCUGAACAAGUCGGAAAAGCUCCGCGUGGUAGUCUACGUCAACCGCCCCUUCAUAUUCACCUUCUUCUUCAGGCUGCACACGGACUCGCUGGCCUGGGACGCGCUCUACCGCUCGCUACACUACCAGCUCGCGCCGCUGAAGAAGCCGCUCCUGUCGUCCACGAGCUACCGCCCCGAGCGGGAGCGCGAGUCGCCCGCCGCAAGGACCAUAUAUAGCCUCGUCUGGGACCCCAAGCAGCUCGUCACCCACUCGACGGUUCCCAAUAUACCCGAGUCCUCCGCGUCGGACACGUGGUGGUCGCGCGCAGACGCCGUCAGCACGCACCUGCACCUGCUCAACACCCACGCGUCCACGAGGUCGAGGGAGGCCGAGUUGGAGAGGACCCACAAGACGAACAGAGGCUGGUGGAUCGGAGCCGGGGAGGAUGAGAAACAGGAGCGCAGUUUGGUGACCAGCAAGGAAAUCUUCCUGAUCAGAAAGGCCAGCGACCACGCUGGGUUCCAGAGUCUUUCGACAGAGGACGGGGGAGGUGGUGCGGACGGCGCGAGGCAGCCAGUCGCUCCAUUUUGGAUUGCCUUUUGGAUUGUAAUUGUUCAUUUCCUCUAUCCAGAGUUCAGUUCCUGCCGUAGCAGUGUCCUAGAUACCCACAACAAAAAGUGA